AGUGAAUUGCGUCAAAAAUGAAUUCAAUUUUAUUUACUCAAAAUCAUCCGUCUCCAUGGCAACAAGCCAGUUCCGCUCCAAAUUUCUGCUUUUAAAAUAUCAAAAUUAACAAAGUUUUUAUUUUCAAAUUAAUUUUUAAAUUAAAUUAUGGCACACAGCGGCGUUCGGCUUCCCGGAAUUUUUUGUCCGGAUGAAAGCAUUGAGCAGUUUGUAAAACUUUACGGAAAUGAUAAUUUUAGCAAUAUGAUAAUGGCUUUGACCGUUAGUCCUCCACAUGAUCGUCCUAUUAACGUGCACACCACACCAGCUGAUCCGCCACCGAGUAUGAUGGAGGUCAACCCGUUCCGGCUUAAUGGGAAUCCACCACCAAUUGAUGAGAGAAAUCUUAAAUUUAAUCCUCGAUAUGGAGCCCAGAUCAGGCCCGCAUCAAAUGGUGGCUUUGGUGACCAAUAUAGCCAUUUGUCAAGUUUCAUAAACUUCAAGCCCGCAAUUCCUGAGAGACAUGCCCGGCCAGGUAUCCAAGAUCAGCGUGAAAAGUAUUACCACUCUGAACAGUAUCAGCAUAUGAAUUAUAUGUAUCCACUUCCACCUGGACCACGAUUUCCCUGGCUUUAAAACACAAAUUUUUGGCUAAGUCCAGUUAAGCGUUCCCCUUCGCUAGUUUGUUAGUUUUCAUAGAUGAACAGUGUGCAUAUCUGUAACGAAAAGAUUAUUUUGUAUUACAAUUCGGCGGUGAAUCCCUGAACUAAGAAUAAAACAUAAACAAGUA